GGCCUGUAAUGGAGAUACAGGUUUACAACCGAGCUUACAUGUACAGUCAAGAUAUGAAAUAUACCGCGUCGAAUCAAUCUCCAAAUUGUACCUGGCAUCCGUUAAUGACAAACUCGUCGUCAGACUAUCAGAAGAUAAUAGCAUCAAGAAAGGCGAAAUUGGCCUCAACGAUCAACACUGCAGCUUCGCACAGACCAGCAUAGGGGACUCUGCAACAGUGACUCCAUUCAAUCUUCCUCAUGCUAAUUUUGACAUCACGGAGCUCUACUUGCAAUUGAAAUUCUCUAACAACAUAGAGAUUUAUGCUCGUGACUUGGAGAAAAAGCUAAAAGAUCUAUUUAACCAUCAGGUGCUGUGCUUAAAUCAAAGUAUUUCGUUCGAAUACAAAGGAGUCAUCGGUGCAUUUACUGUUGUUCGUAUCUUCAUGGCCCAAAAGAAUUCUUAUAAUAAACAGGGGAUGAUAUCUCAAUCAACGAAGAUAUUCUUCAAUUCCUCUAGCAUUAAGAUAUUAAAUCAAGAAUAUGUGCCUAAAACAAUGUUCUGGAGGGAAAUAAAUAAAGAUGCAGCAGAGCAAGAACUGAUGUUACUUGGCAUUGGCGGCAUGGGCGGAAUCUUCACAACUAUAUUCCAAAGGGUUAUAGCAACAAGAAUUCAUCAAGGACCAAUGAUUGAACACGUAAAAGGAAUUCUUCUAUAUGGACCUCCGGGAACUGGAAAGACCUUAUUAGCGGCAAAGCUUGCAGAAAUUUUAGGUGCUAAGUUAAAGGUUGUGAAUGGACCUGAGUUAUUGGCACAGUGGAUGGGUGAAUCAGAGCAAAAUGUGAGAAAAUUAUUUGAUGAAGCCAUAUCAGAUUACAAAACUCAUGGAGAUCAAAGUUCCCUCCAUGUUAUAAUAUUAGAUGAAAUUGAUUCUAUUGCGCAGAAAAGAGGAAGAAAUCCUGCAGAUACCGGAGGUGAUAGGGUUGUUAAUCAACUGUUAGCAAUGAUCAACGGUGUCAACGGAAUAAACAACAUUCUUGUCAUUGGAACCACCAAUAGGAAAGAUCUGAUAGAUGAUGCACUAUUAAGAUCUGGACGAUUAGAGCUUCAUAUUGAGGUAGGUUUACCAGAUGAGACUAGCCGUCAAAAUAUUUUAAAAGUCCACAUGGAGCAGCUGCCAAGAGAGAUUAUGCUCCUUCCAGAUAUAAACCUCCAAGAAAUUGCCAAAAGGACAAGUGGUCUUAGUGGCGCGGACCUUGCUAGUAUUGUUAAGCAUGCUGUAGCACAUGCCUCAUGUACAAUAUCAGAUAAGAGUGAACAAACUAAGAUCAGCCAUCGUGACUUUAUCCAAGCCAUGGAUGAAAAACGGCCAACAGCUUAUAAGAAAUCACUUGAAGCUUUUGAAAACCUCAGAUCUCGCGCUAUGAUAAAGUUAGAUUCAUUUUAUGAAACAAGCAACGUGAUUAAAGGAGCAAUCACGCAAUUUUUUCACAGCGAGAAACAUAAUGUCCUGACCUGUCUUUUAUUUGGUCCAUGCGGAUGUGGCAAAACUACUCUAGCAGCCUUUAUUCCGGAAAAUGUUUCAUUUCAAUAUGUGGAAAUGGUCUCAUCUAAUUCCCUAAUUGAACUAUCUAAAGAACAGAAAGUUGAAAAACUUGUCCAGGUUUUUGAAGAUGCUAAGAAAUUCCAAUCAAGCUUUAUUUUGCUUGAUAACUUAGAAAGGCUGGUGGAAUAUAAUCCACUUGGAGGCACUUGUUCAGGAACCAUUCUUAAUACUCUACUAGAUCUGCUUAAAGAGUCUCCGGAGAAUAACAAAAUGCUCGUCGUAGGAACUACAAACAAUAAAAGCAUAAUGGAAAAAAUGGGAUUAUAUCAAGUCUUUACACUUCAUUUGGAAAUUUCCUUGUUGCAACAGCGAGACAUUCUUCAGAUUUCUAAAUAUUUCAACGUUGUUAGCCUGGAUGAGAUGGAAGAGCUAGAAACACGACUUAGUGGUGUGUCUCUCAAAACAUUUUGCAAAUUGAUUGACAUGCUUUCAAUGGGAAAGCUGGAAGAUAUUUUAACAGGUCAAAAACAUAUUGACAUUGAAGUUUUCUUUAAAUAUCUUGCACUCUUCACGUGAUCAUCUAUUUAUUGUUUAUCAAGUGGUAGCAGGCAAGUCUCUACACUUUCAAUAGAAUGAUAUAUUUAUAU